AUGGAAAGAACCUUCACGAACGCCAAGUGGUCUGCGCACGCCAAGUCGUACAGCUCCGGCUUCGCCUCAUUGACCGCUCGCUGGGCCGCUGACUCGCUGCAGGUCGCGCACCGCGAGAUCCUCCACAAGCUCCAGCAGCACGAAGCCAAUGGAUCCAAGACCGCGUUCCACUUCCUGGACGUCGGCUGUGGGCCCGGCGUCUUCAGCUUCGAGUUCGCUCGUCGGUACCUCGCUCUCCCCGCGGAAAUUCGCAUCACGGUGUCGGAUCUGUCCGAGGGAAUGUUGCAGCAGUUGAAGGAGAAACUGCAAGAAGAUUCCGCGUUGAAGCCAUUCGCGGACAGGUUCACCACCUUGCAGAGCGACGGGAUGGUGCUGGACCAAGUGUCCGACGCGUCAGUGGACAUCCUGGGCUCCAACUUCGGGCUGGGCAUCUUCCCGAACCGCAGUCGCGGGUGGGUCACCGCCCACCGCGUGCUGAAAGACGACGGGCUGCUGGUCGUCACGGCGUGGGACGAGAAGAGCUCGCAGAUGGUAUGGUUCGACGCCGUGACGGACAUUUUCAAUGGCAGAGAGGGAGAAGGGGGGCCGUUGGCAUACCCGACGCUGACUGCAGCGACCGACCGAGUGAGGAUGUCGAAGGAGCUGCAGGAGGCCGGAUUUAAAGACGUCCAGGUGUAUCGCACCACGCACACGAUUGUGUUUGAGGACCCCAAGACGAUGCUGCAGGGGAUGAUGAGCAACCCGUUCGCGGCCAAGUUCCUCGAGAGGAUGACGCAGGAGGAGUUCCAGACGACGCUGACCAAGCUGCUGGAGAAGGACGCGCAGGAGAAUUUCUACCAGGAGGGAGGAGAGGCUACGAGUGAGAGCGCCGACCCGUUCGCUGACGGACACCCGCGGCUGAUACCGUUCCAAGGAUUCACGUUUCUGGCGCGGAAGUGA